CUGUUGGCUCUCCAUUGGCCGCAGCGCUCGCCAAUCCAGCCCCCUGGCCGUGAAGGGGGCGUGGCCGCGCGGUGCCCGGCCGGGGGGCCGCGUCUGUCGCCGCUGCGCGCUGCGGUGCGGGCGGCGGGACGAUGAAGCCGGGAGCGCGGCACGUUCUGGUCCCACUUGCUGUUCCUGCAGACAUCUGAGCCGCGGCAGCGAUGCUGCUGAGACCCUGCCAGCCCUCGAGUCAACCUACUUGAUUGUCAGCCAUGCCUUUAGUGAAGAGGAACAUUGAACCCCGGCACCUGUGCCGCGGCGCCCUGCCAGAAGGAAUCACCAGUGAGCUCGAAUGCGUGACCAACAGCACCCUUGCCGCGAUCAUCCGCCAGCUCAGCAGUCUGAGCAAACAUGCAGAAGACAUAUUUGGUGAGCUAUUUAAUGAGGCUAACAACUUCUACAUCAGAGCAAAUUCCCUUCAAGACAGAAUCGAUCGGCUUGCUGUCAAAGUCACCCAGCUGGACUCCACAGUGGAGGAGGUCUCGCUGCAGGAUAUCAACAUGAAGAAAGCAUUCAAAAGCUCUACCAUCCAAGACCAGCAGGUGGUUUCCAAGAACAGCAUUCCAAACCCUGUGGCUGACAUUUACAACCAGAGUGACAAACCCCCGCCACUGAGCAUUCUGACACCGUACAGAGAUGACAAGAAGGACGGGCUGAAGUUCUACACGGACCCCUCUUACUUCUUUGACCUCUGGAAAGAAAAGAUGCUGCAGGACACAGAAGACAAGAGGAAAGAGAAACGGCGUCAGAAGAGAGAGAAACUCAAGCUGAAUCCUAGCAGGAGCCAGCAAGUGUAUGUGAGAAAAGUCAGAACAAGAAGAGAAGAGUGGGAGAGGAGGAAAAUGGGCAUUGAGUUCAUGAGUGACGCCAAGAGGCUGGAUCAGGCGGGGAGUGCCAAGGAAGACGCGAGGCCCAGAGGGUCUCACACAUCCGAUGUCACCGAUUAUUCUUAUCCUGCUACUCCCAACCACGCUUUGCAAGUACAGCCGGUGACACCUUCCUACACGGCUGGCGAUGCACCACUGCAUGCAGCCACAAACCAAGGCGCUGAGCACGAAUACCGACCCUCGUCUGCCUCGGCGAGGCACAUGGCCCUGAAUAGACCUCAGCAGCCACCGCCACCACCUCCGCCCCAGGCCCCAGACGGGUCCCAGGCCUCUACGUCAGUGGCUCCAGCCGACUAUGGGAUGCUUCCAGCACAGAUAAUUGAAUACUACAAUCCCUCAGGACCGCCACCGCCUCCCCCUCCACCCAUGAUUCCUUCAGCACAAACUGCCUUCGUCAGCCCUCUCCAGAUCCCUGCUCAGCAGCCCUCGUUCCCUGCCUCAACCGGCUCCACAUACCCCACCCCCCCUCACCAGCCCUCCACUGGGCUCCUGGCCACAGCACCACCGCCCCCAGGGCCCCCGCCUCCUCCACCUGGUCCUCCUGGCCCCUCCUCCCUGUCUUCCUCCCCAAUGCAUGGUCCCCCUGUGGCUGAGGCAAAGCGCCCAGAGCCUGCACAGCCACCCAUAAGUGAUGCAAGAAGCGAUCUCCUGGCUGCCAUCCGGAUGGGAAUCCAACUGAAAAAGGUACAGGAGCAGCGUGAGCAGGAAGCCAAACGGGAGCCUGUAGGCAAUGACGUGGCCACCAUCUUGUCUAGGCGCAUUGCUGUGGAGUACAGCGACUCGGACGACGACUCUGAGUUUGAUGAGAACGACUGGUCCGACUGAGUCGCCAGGGCCAGGCGGCAGGCAGACAGCCAGGGCACCAUAUGCAAGUGUGCUAGGAGCUCCUGUGAUCUCUGCACCCACACGUGGUAUUAUCCUGUAGCUUUAGUAGCUUUUGUAUUAGCAGUGUGAUAUUGCUUCUGCACAUCCUUCUGGAUUUGUUGAGUAUUUACUGUGUAAUACUUAAGUGCCACUAAACACAGCACACCGUGCUGCACACCAGGAAAUUCGCUGUAACUAGUGCACCAUCCUGAAAUAGCAUCUCGCUUCCCUCUCGGCUGUGAGAGUCUCCUCUCCCGUCCAUCCUGCUCUGGUGGACCUGCCACGUGUCUGUGCAGCUGCCCGGUGUCAGCUCUUUGCAAGAUCAAUGGCUGUGUGUCAGUGAUGUCUUCCAACCAGUGGGCGAUGCUUCCCUGUUUUUUUUUUUUCCUUUGCAAAUCGAAUUCCAGAUAGACAUGGUUGCGGAGGGGAAAGUUUAACAAGUCAGAAUGAGAUGCUUCUCGAUUUGCACACUCCGUCUGGUGGCCUCCAAGGAACUGUGUGUGCUUGUUUGCACUCGCAGCAGAAGCACUCGUUUUUAUGAGGGGACCCUGUGUCCAUGGACUUUGCAGAUGGAGCUUACUUCUGUGACUAGCCCUGGUAGCGUGGGCACCCAGAGUCUGCAGAGCAGGGCGGCACAGCUGCCCCAUCUGGUUCCCUCCUACCCCACCCAGUGGGAAAGAGACCUCCACAGUUUUUUUCCUGGGAUCCCUACCCCUCUGGUCUCCGGGCAGUGAGCAUCUCACUCCCCUUGCCCUGAGUCAUAGAAGCUUGGGUUUAGCUGAGAGAUGCCACCAGCUGUUCACGACCCAUGGUGCUGUGGCUGGAUUCACACUGUGUCAAACAGGGCCACACCCGUCCUGAAGCACAGAUCUCCUCCCGUGUUGUUGGCACAUUUUAAAUUUUAAAAAGUACCUCACAAGAUAAACUUGAUUCACCCGGUUGCCCUGGCAGAGACCCCGACUUCCCCUCCGCUGCCCUGACCCUUUCACCGAAUGGCAGUGCCUCAGUCCUGUGUCGGCUUCACAGCUCCGGAGAGACAGCUGCUGAUUUAACUAAGUCAUUGGUGCCCCAGGCGUGGGUCACAGGCAGGACUCACACAGGUGCCAGGACACUGCCUUCCCUUAGGUGCACAUUCAAAUGGCCUGCGGCUCUUAAUAUCCCUCACUUUUUAUGAAAAGAAAAGUUUAGGUCUGGGGUGACAUUGUGUCAGUGGAUAGGGAAUAUCUGUGGGGUAACUAAAAGUGGGUUUUGCUCAUGAGUUUGGGGAUGUCACCCAGCCGCCCACCUCAUCUGCCGUGUGUGGACUCCUGUCCACUUGGGCUGCUCUCCCGUAACACCUGCCAAUAGCAGGUUUUACUCAUGUCAGUCUGAUACUGAAAACCCAUCUGCAAGCCCCUGCCUACACCCUGCUUUAGCAUGUGUCUGAGUGCUCUAUGCUGCCCGAUGGUCAUCCUGGAGCCUGUACACACGUGGCCAUUGUUGUGACUCGCUGUCACAUUGGUAACUGUCGAGAAACUUUUCCGUUUCUCCCAUUUCCAUUUUCCAACACUGAGACCUACCACACCAACAUCAUCCUCACGACUUUGACAUCCGGAGCCCUUUGUUACCCGUCCAGCAGCUUGUCUCUGUUGUUCUCCUGUCUCCCGUGUGCCCCGUGUGCCCCAGCACUCACGAUGGGAGCACUUCUUUGUUUGGCCAGGUCCAUGUGGUCCCAGGGUGGAGGGAAGACGUUAAGGCUACCAGCUAUGGUCAGGAUGUCUUCUCCUGAUGUCACAUCAGAGUGAAACUAGCGGCUCCUUACUCACAGAUGUUCGUGAGCUUCUCCAUGCUACUUGUCCUGUAGUUUUCCCAACAAGUUAUAGUUUUAUUUUAUAGCUAGAGAGAGAACUUUUGCCCAUUGCAUUCUGUAACCUUCAAAAGGAUGGGAAAUGACUAAAAUCCAAUUCAGAUUAUUUUUAGAGAUUUUCUUUGGCAAAUUUGAUUUAGUCUAAAAUUUAAAUCCAAGUCACUUCAAUACUUUACAAAAUGAGAACAAAGUAAAAAGUUUAGAUUUUUGACUUCCAUUUUCUAGGAAAAAUAUUUACUAAAACAAAUGGAGAACAGAAUUUAGUAGCAUAUUUGAUUUCUAUACAUUUCAUACUUAGACUUAAAUCUACAGAUUUUAAGGUUGUUUUAUAUUGUCCCCAGUUUUAGUGUUCCAUAUAUAUUUUAGCUGAGUAUCCUAUCCAGUAUUUUCUUAUGGUAUAGACUCAGGCAAAUGGAUAGCUGGAGGGGUGAGUGGAUGGAUGGAUGGAUGGAUGGAUGGAUGGAUGGAUGGAUGGAUGGAUAGAUAGAUGGAUGGGUGGAUGGAUGGAUGGAUGGAUGGAUGGAUUGAUAGAUAGAUAGAUGGAUGGGUAGAUGGAUGGAUGGGUGGAUGGAUGGAUAGAUGGAUGGAUGGGUGGGUGAGUGGGUAGAUAGCUAUGUGUGUGGGGGGAUUGAUGGAUGAGUAGGUGGGUAGGUAAGUAGGUAAAUGGAUGAUAAGUCGAGUGGAUGAGUUAAAUGGGUAGGAGAGGGCAGGUGGAUGGAUUUAUGGAUGAGUGGAUAGGUAGGUGGAUUCAUGACGGAUGGGUGAGUGGAUGAAUAGUAGGUUGGUGGGUGGGUAGGCAGAUGAGUGAAUAGAUAUAGGUCAGUGGGUAGAUUGGAGAGUAGAUGGAUGAAUGGAUUGUAGAUAGAUGGAUCGAUUGCAGAUGGAGGGAUGAAUACAUGCAUGCAUGCAUGGGUAGGUGGAUGGGUGGUGGGUAGAAAAUGCCUGAGUCUGCACAUCACUGCACUGGGAAGGCAAAUGAGUGCACUGUUAGCACCAGACCACGAGCUUCAGUCCUUAGGUUUUAUUUACUAAGACGUUAUUAGAAGAUGGAUGUUUUCAUCCCAGUACAUUUCUAACACAUCCAAUCAUUUAUGAGCAUAGGAUGGUGAGGGCUGUGAAAGCUUUGUAAUAUUUUCAAGGGGCUGGGGAUUUAGCUCAGUGGUAGAGCGCUUACCUAGGAAGCGCAAGGCCCUGGGUUCGGUCCCCAGCUCCGAAAAAAAAAAAAAAAACCAAUAAACAAACAAAGUAAUAUUUUCAGCAGAAACGUGUGAUACAUUUAAAUCCAUUGAAGUCUGGAGGGAGUGUAUCAGCCAGAGUAGCAGGUGGGUUUGUUUGUUUGUUUGUUUGUUUCUUUAUGAAGGAGAGUAUCUGUUAUCUCGCAGUAUUAUCAAUGCAGUUGUAAAUCGAAUCUAAAGUGGUAUUAAAAUCUGUCAAACAAUUUUUAAUCUGUUUGUAUAUCUUACUAUAGAUCACAAGUAACAUCUAAAUAAAAUUACACCUGUAACCGUACAA